AGGAGAGGAAUUAUCAGGAGCCUCUGGGAUUUCACCAUCCCUAAGGGGUGUGCUCACCUCCAACUAUGUGUGGAAGAAAGACUUAUGACUGAGGCCUGCUGUUCUUUCCUUUUCUAGAGGAGGAAGUUGAAGCCCCUUCCCCCACCCCCUCCAACUCCAGGCCACCAAAGGCUCCCGGAUGCCUGGCCCCUCUGCUGCCAUUCAGCAGAUGUCAGGUGGGGGCUCAGUGGGUGCACACAGCAGACAGACUUUUCCUUCAGGGGAGAUCAUCGGGGGACAUGAGGCUGAACCCCACUCCCAUCCCUACAUGGCCUUUCUUCAGUUCUGGUAUCGAGGGUGGCUGAGGAAGCAUUGUGGUGGUUUCCUGAUAAGACAAGACUUCGUGCUGACAGCCGCUCACUGUCUGGGAAGCUUCAUGAACGUUACCCUGGGAGCCCACAACAUCUGGAGGGCAGAGGUGACCCAGCAGUUCAUCAGUGUGAGAAGACCCAUUCCCCACCCAGACUAUAAUCCUGAGCUCUACACUAAUGACAUCAUGCUGCUGCAGCUGGAGAGAAAGGCCAAGUUGACUCCAGCUGUGCAGCCUCUCAGGCUGCCCAGGGUCACAGGCGGGGUGACGCCGGGGAUGGUGUGUAAUGUGGCAGGCUGGGGUGCGAUUACACCAGUAGGCCACUACCCAGCCACACUGCAGGAGGUGAUGCUGACAGUGCAGGAGGACGAGGAGUGUGAAUUCUACUACCCUGAGGCUUACAUGAAGGCCACCCAGAUUUGUGUGGGGGACCCAAACCUACAACAGACAUCCUUUUACGGCGACUCCGGGGGCCCUCUGGUGUGUAACAAUGUGGCCCAGGGCAUUGUCUCCUAUGGGAUGGAGGAUGGGAGGCCUCCACAAGCCUACACCAAGGUCGCAAGUUUCCUACCCUGGAUAGAAGAAACCAUGAGAAGCCUCCAACUGCAGGAAGCAGACUAAGCCCCUCUGUGAAUGACCAAGUUCUCCAGAUCUCAGUCCAGAUUUACACUGGGCGAGGUGCCAGUAACUGAAUAAAUGUGCCCCAGCUGAGC